GCAAAAUCUAGCAGCUUAUCGGUUGCCUAACGUGAAUAUAUCUAGCAACUUUCAAGCAAAAAACUGGAUUAAAAUGGGACAAACUAUUUCCACUGACAACUGCCUUCCCUAUAGUUUGGAGACCCCGAAAAAUGGAAAGCUAAGUGGAAUUACAUUCAAUGAUCCAAAAACAGGAAAACCUGCUUGCCAUAGAUUGGCCCAAGUUCCUUACGCCUACCCAUGCGAAGGCUCUACUAGGUUCACUUUACCUAAAGAAUUGCCGAACGACUAUGAUUAUACAGGAGAAUACAAGGAGUUCGGGUUGAAAUGCCCACAACCAUCAGUGCCUAAUCCCCAUUUCAGAUACCUCAAAUCACCAAGCAAAGAGGUUAUUCAAUAUUCAAACAUUUGGAUUCCGGCUUCUGACAAAUACAAACCCGAAGGUGGCUGGCCUGUUCUGAUCUAUAUCCAUGGUGGAUGGUUGCAAUACAAUACCCCAAACACAGACAACUUCAAUGUUGUGGAAAUGUUCAGUGACGAAGAGUUUAUGAACAAGUUCAUUUUGGUCGUCCCCGGAUACAGAUUGAACAUGUUUGGUUUUCUUUCAGGUAAAGAGUUGUUAGAGGAAAACCCACUCAAUUCGAACUUUGGUUUCUGGGAUCAGAGAAUGGCAAUGGAGUGGACUUAUAAAAACAUCAAUGUAUUUGGAGGUAACCCUGAGAAAAUUUCUGUUGGUGGUAUUUCCGCUGGUUCUUACUCUACUUUUUUCCAGCUAGCAUAUGAGAUGUACCAUCCUGAAUGUUUGCAAAUUAUCAAGCAAUGCUGUUUCUUCUCCAACUUGGUCUACAUUCAGCCUAAGACUAUUGAAGAAAGCCAAGAUCAGUUUGAUGAGAUCAUUGAAAAGUUGAACAUUGACAAGACCCUUUCCAGCCAUGAAAAACUCGAGAAGCUUAGAGAAUUGGACACUAAUUUCAUUGAAGAUUUCAUACCUACACUUACACUACAUACCUUUAGGGCUGUGACUGAUAAUCAUUUUAUCUCACCUAAGAUUAUCGAAGACUUGAAUUCUGGAAAGUUUUGUCAAAUGAUGAAAGAUAAAAAGCUUAGAAUCUUGAAUGGAGAAGUGGACAAUGAAAGAUAUAAGUACUCUUUACUCAACACUCCCACCACUAUUGAUGAGCUACCCAUCCAGGUUGAAAACUACUAUCCUCGUUCAGUUGUCCCAACGUUGUUGGAUUUGUAUGAGGCCAAUCCAGAAAACUUUGAAGGUCUCUCUGAGCCGGAGCUAAAGGAAAAAUUGAGAAUCAAGUAUGGUGCAAUAGUUGGUGAUGGCCAAGUUUAUUCAUCUGCUAGAGGUUUGAUCAACAAGCUAGUUGAAAAUGGAUUUCCAGCUGAGGAUAUCUUCCGUUACAGGAUAAGUUUCAGGGCAAAGUGGCUGGAUGAACAUCUUGAAAAGGACUGGAAAGUCCCACAUGGUGCAGACUUAAGUGUUUGGUUCUACAAUGUACGUAAAGGCUACACUGAGAAAGAAAGAACUCAACUCAACAAAUGGCUGGUACCAUACUUGAAGUUUUUGAACUUCGAAAAGCAGAUCGAGGAAUGGCCUACCUCUGACGUUAAGAAGAUCAGACUCUUCCGGGAAGAUGGUACGGAGGAAUACAUGCAGGAUCCAGACUGGGAUUGGGGUGUCAAGGUCUCAAAUACGGUUUACAAAUCUCAAGUGUGAAAUCAAGAACCUAAGGAUACAAAUGCUGAAGACAUUGCAUAUUAAAACACUGUUUAAUUAUAUAGAUUAUAAUAGAAUACCAUUUUAGACUUGAAUUUUAUUUUGACCACACAA